AUCUGUUGGUAUCGACUGCGGGAUCUGAAUGUAUUCUGUGGUGGGGCUCUAAUCACCACUGCCGUGAGGCAUCAAUGACAGGUAGGGGACAUUUCAUCAGGUAUAAAACUCGUCUUCUUACUCCUGUCCUCCUGCAACCUUUCAAACCUCACUCCACACUUCACCUACCAUGGCUCAAUCCACCACUCGUACGCACGGUGUCAAGCUCAACCCCCUCUUUAUUGGUUCGGCCAGUGGGGAGCGCUAUCACGUACAAGUCCCUAUAGAAUGGGAUGUACGCUACCAUCCAACGCGUCAUGCAGAAAUAACGAACCUGCCUAUACAAUCAUCCCACCUAUCACAAUUUGCAACUAAUCCCCCUAUCACAAAGUUGCAGCUUGUAUGUGACCUAUUGUUCCCUGGAUGGGAGAUAAUAGCCCGUAACCCAACGGGGGUGACGGUGCAGGAUGUGCUAGAAGCGAUUUAUGAGACACUUCGCGGACUUCUGAGGACGCAUGAGUGGGAGGGCAUGUCGCUCAAGCAGCGCAGCAGGAUCGAAGACAUACAUCGCGCACGAUGCAUGGCAUCUUUAGAUCCUGAGUACACACGUUUGGCGGGGGUGCGCAGAGUGGACUGUCUGCUUUCAACGACCAUGUUUGCUGGACUUACUUCGUUGGUCAGGAGGAGAGAUCAGUGGCAGGUGGUCCUCACGCUGUCACGGGAUUUUAGACCCCGGCGUGUCUACUACCACUAACAUGUUCUCUCAGCAGUGCUGAUGAGAACGUGAUGCAUUGAAUUAUGGAGAAUCAUUUAUGAGCUAAUUUGCUGACCUGCAGUUUUAUUUUACUAUAUCAGAUUCAGACCUCUCCUCGACUCGUCAGGUAUGUGUUGUUAGUGCCCCAGCAUCGUGUAUCU